AUGUAUUCCCCGGCGUUGUCUGUGUGCCUGCUUGCUCUGGCCCACUGUGCUCUUGCAGCAAAAGUCUGUCCGAGGCCACCAGAAGUGCUGUUUGCGACCGUUGAUGUCAACAAGAGCGUGUACGAGGUGGGGGAGGAAAUUGAGUACACCUGCAGGCCUGGCUUUGUCCCCAACAGCGGCCAGAGGAGGUACACCUGCCUCCCGACGGGCAGGUGGCCUCUCAACACCCUGCUGUGCCUACCAAAAAGAUGUCCCAGUCCUGGGCCCUUGCCGCAUGGAAAAAUUGAUUUUAUGGACUUGCACUAUCAGAGUUCUAUAAGUUUUUCAUGUGAACCAGGCUACAAUCUUGUUGGGACAAGAACGAGCCAAUGCAUGGCGGAUGGAAAGUGGAGUGGAAGUCUGCCACAGUGUCAACCUGUGACUUGUGCACCUCCCCCACUUUCUGAAUUUGGAGUCCUUUCAUACCGCCGUCUAAAACCUGGAAAUGUUUCUGCUUUCCUGGACACAAUCACUUUUGAGUGUGUACCCCCUCUUGCACUUAUUGGAAAUGAAACAGCUACCUGCCAGGCCAAUGGAAACUGGAGUGGCAUUCCAGAGUGCAGGUCUGUUGUCUGUCCCACUCCAACAGGAAUAGAAAAUGGAUUCAUAAAUUUUGCUGUUCGUAGAAUAUAUCAUUAUAAUGAAAGUGUCAGCUAUGGCUGCCAACCAAGCUACGUGCUAGAUGGACCUAAGGAAUCCCGAUGUGAAAAGACAGGAAACUGGUCCAUUAAGCCAACUUGUAAAGGACCAUGUAAGAUACCAGCUAAGAAAGCUGUCGUAUUAUACAAUGGCGAGAAGAAAAGAAUUCAGAAUGAUCUUAAGGAAGGAAUACAGCAUGGUGAAACUAUUUCCUUCUACUGCAAGAAUAAAGAAAAAUCCUGUGCCUACACUGUUGCUGUUCAGUGUGUAGAUGGCAAUCUUACUCUCCCUUCAUGUUUCAAAGAACGUGGAUUCUUUUCGUCUCUUGUGAAGAAGGACCCAUCAGACAUGACACCAUGUGAAGAUGAAACAUGA